AUGAGCACAAGGCGAGUGGUGGUGGAAGCGCCCGCGGGGGCCAGCUCCAGCAUGCCGCUCCAGAGGCACAAGGCACCCUUCAGGGGAGCACCGUCACCGUCCUCCCUGGAUAGCCUCCCAGCCUCCAGGACCGUUGCUGUGGGUGGUCUUGCCCGAACACCCAGGGUCUAUGUAGGGAUGACACCCAGUGGGUGCACAGGUGGCCUGGGUGCCCGCGUGACCCGCCGGGCCCUGGGCAUCAGCAGCGUCUUCCUGCAGGGCCUGCGGAGCUCAGGCCUGGCCACGGCACCCACUCCAGGCCUGGAGAGGGACCUCAGUGCCGUCGAGGACCUGGGGGGUUGCCUGGUGGAAUACAUGGCCAAGGUGCACGCCCUCGAGAAAGUCAGCCAGGAGCUGGAGGCACAGCUGCGGAUGCACCUGGACAGCAAGUCCACACGCUCAGAGAGCUGCAGUGCCCUCCGGGCCUCAUGGACCAGCAGCUGCCAGCAGGUGGGCGAGGCGGUCCUGGAAAACGCACGGCUCAUGCUGCAGACGGAGAAUAUCCAGGCGGGCGCGGACGACUUUAAGGAGAGAUAUGAAAAUGAGCAGCCGUUUCGAAAGGCGGCAGAAGAGGAAAUUAACUCUCUGUACAAAGUCAUUGAUGAAGCAAAUUCGACAAAAAAGGAUCUGGAGAGUCAAAUAGAAAGCCUGAAAGAAGAACUUGGUUUUCUGUCAAGGAGCUAUGAAGAGGAUGUGAAAAUGCUAUACAAACAGCUGGCAGGGUCUGAGCUGGAACAAUUGGAUGUUCCCAUUGGCACUGGGCUGGAUGACAUCCUUGAGACGAUCAGAAUUCACUGGGAGAGAGAUGUGGAAAAGAAGCGGGCGGAAGCGGGAGCCUUGCUCCAAGCUAAGCAACAGACGGAGGUGGCCCGCAGGGCCCAGACCCAGGAAGAGAAGCUGGCUGCUGCCCUCAGGGUGGAGUUGCACAACACUUCCUGCCAAAUCCAGAGCCUGCAGGCUGAGACGGAAUCCUUACGGGCCCUGAAACGAGGCCUGGAGAACACCUUGCACGACGCCAGGCACUGGCACGACAUCGAGCUGCAGAACCUGGGCGCGGUGGUCAGCAGGCUGGAGGCGGAGCUCAGGGAGAUGCGCACGGAGGCAGAGCAGCAGCUGCAGGCCCGCGAGCACCUGCUGGCACACAAGUGCCAGAUGCAGCGGGACGUGGCGUCCUACCACGCGCUGCUGGACCGCGAGGAGAGCGGGUGCGUCUCUGCUCGGCUUUGUUAG